AUGUCUUACUACGAGCAGUGCAAGCAGCCCUGCCUGCCCCCUCCCAUUUGCCUGCAGAAGUGCGGCAAGUGCGUGGAGCCCUGCAAGACGGUGUGCGUGGAGCCCUGCGACAACAUCUGCGUGAAGCCCUGCUCUGCACCGUGCGUGGAGGUCUGCUCCACACCCUGUGCCACCCAGUGCACCACCACCUGCAGCACCCAGUGCGUGGAGCCCUGUGCCACCCAGUGCGUGGAGGUCUGCGCCCCUAAGUGCAUCGAUGUCUGCGUGAAGCCGUGUGACUCCCAGUGCCAGACCCAGUGCGUGGAGCCCUGCGUCACCCAGUGCUGCACCAAGUGUGUGGAGCCUUGCCCGCCCCAGUGCGUGGAGGUCUGUGCCUCCAAGUGCGUGGAUUCCUGCGAGACCGUGUGCCUGGAGCCCUGCAGCACCUGCUGCUCCCACCCCUGCUGAUGGCCUCAACGCUCAAGCCUUGCAUGAUGCCUUGGCACAUUGCAACGUCCAAGGGCUGAUGAGUAUCCACAGCAUGAAAAACCGGUUACAGACCCAUCUGCGACGGACCGAGACCUCUCCCGACCUGAUUACCCCACGCAUUUUUUGUCUUGGAAAAGCUUUUCCUGAACAUUUUCAGCCUGUAUCUUUGUCUCCUAUGAUACUUCUGCUACUGCUAUCUCAGCACCUUUAUCUUGGCGACCGCGGUUGGCCAAUAUUAUACUGCUAGGCAUUGUGGGAAGUUAAUUAGCAAUGGUUGUCUGUAAGCAGUUGAUGUUGGAAAAUGUCUCCCCUUCUAUUCUUUCAUUCUCAUCUUGUCUUUUAAUGUAAUUCCUCUUGUCUUUUAAUGUCUAUCUGCAGCAAUAAAAAUUGACCAUUGAUGGCA